AUGCAAAGUUCAAAUAUUGGCUACCGAAAUUACCAGAAUCAGGACCCUCUGGAAGUAAAAGUGGCCCUUUUGUGUCUGUCGGGCCACCUGGCCCAUUAUCAUCCACUCUAUCAUCCUCUGGGACCUGGGGCUCAACUCCAACUCGUCUUAGGUGUAGCUGUUAAUGAGAUGCAUGCAAGUUGUUGGGGGAUUGCACAGAAAUCAUUCGUCUUCAAGGAAAGGAUAAUCACCACAAGCAAAACAAUAAUCAAUGAGAAACAGCGAGAGGCGAGAGCAAAUCUAAAGAUUAGAGGGAAUGAGGUCAUCACGUCUUCAGGCAUAUUAUCAUCUAUAAUAACACUUACAUCCAUUAUAGUGAUUAAAGAAUCUGAAAGCAAAAGAGGUCCAACUGAUGCUGCAUCGACCGUUAAACUGAGUCUUGAGGCCAAGUCGUCUCUUGAAAGUGUCUCGACCUGCAGAUCCAUGAAGAACUUCUACCUGAGCAACAACAAAAUCCACGGAAUCAGCAAUAAAGGAUACAAACUUAGUAAGAGAACAAAUAAUAAGAUCAUGAGGACAUACAUUGAGGCCCAUGGCAUGGCUGCAGCAAAACUAGCUGUCUCCAAGAAUGUAUUUGAGAGAACCAACGAUUUAACUCUCCGUGGACGAUGUUGA